UUCGAUAUGGCUGUACAUAGUACCUCAUGGGAUCAGAAGUUUAAUGAAUUAUAUCAAGGAAAAGUAUGGGAAUCCUCCAGUCAUCAUCAAUGAAAAUGGAAUGGAUGAUUCAAAUAACCCAUUCACUUCGAUUAAGGAUGCCCUAAAGGAUGAGAAAAGGAUCAAAUACCAUAAUGACUAUCUCUCAAACUUGCUAGCUUCUAUCAAAGAGGAUGGAUGCAAUGUCAAAGGUUAUUUUGUAUGGUCUCUAUUGGAAAAUUGGGAGUGGGCAUCAGGAUACACUUCGCGCUUUGGUCUCUAUUUUGUGGAUUACAAUGACAAGCUGAAGAGGUACCCCAAGGAUUCGGUUAAGUGGUUCAAGUCUUUUUUGACUUCUACAUGAAAAUGAGUUGCUUUUGCAACUGCACAUUACACCAGGCAUGAUCACACAUGCAAUUAAUACGUAAAAGGAUUGUUUUGGUACAUUUUUUUUACCUCUGUGAACUUCAUUACUAUAAGACAUUUUCACUUUAAUGUGUUGAUUAUUAACUGAAAAAUUACUCACAUGUUUUUAUGUGGAAAAAAGCAUUGUCUUUGGCUGUUUCUUCUAGCAAAUAGAAUC